ACCUCAGAGAAACCGCGGCUAAAAGUAGUGAAGCGCUUCAUUCCGGUGCUGCAGCGAACAAGUCGAGAUAAGAAAGAAGAUUCAGAGCUGGAAGAAGACAAAGCAUACGCUGCGAAACUGAUCCGCGCAAACCGACACUUCGAUGAGCUACUGCACGAUUUGGACGAUAAAACUAUCAAAUUCAAGAGACAUAGUGCCACCGCUGCUGAUGUGCAGAAAAUUCUAGAAGAUGUUUGGCAAGAAGCAAAUAAAAGCAUUGAGAAAGGUGGAGCAAUCGAAAAAAACGGGGCGGAAUGGAAUCCCUUCGAAAUUAUCUUUUUUUAUCUUCAAACACAACCUGAAAUGUUUUCGCGGCUGCUUGCUCUACACAGCAGCGAUAAAUACGAUGGUGAGUAG